CUGGCGCACAGCGGAAGUGGGCUGCUGCUCGCUGACAGACCAGAGAUGGCGUGUUUGCUAGCCAGAAGUAGCAGCACGAGCACAAUAAUGUUUUCCUCAUCCCGGGAAGCACAACAGCGCCUCUUGACCUCCUUUUUAGUUUUUGGAAUAUGUUUAACGCUGUUACCGGUGUCGGCAAAGCCGGACAGCCUCAAAGAAGUGACGGACGGCAACUGGGAGAUAAUCUUGACAGGGGAAUGGAUGAUUGAAUUCUACGCACCGUGGUGUCCUGCAUGUCAGCAGCUCCAGCCGGUGUGGAAAGAGUUUGCGGACUGGGGGGAGGACAUGGGGGUCAACAUAGCCAAGGUGGAUGUGACAGAGCAACCAGGUCUGAGCGGGCGCUUCAUCAUAACCUCACUCCCCACUAUCUACCACUGUAAGGACGGCAUCUUCCGGAGGUACCAGGGAGCUCGUACAAAAGACGACUUCCUCAGCUUUGUUGAUGAGCAGAAAUGGAAAGCAGUAGAGCCCGUUUCCUCCUGGUUUGGGCCUUCCUCCUUUUUUUGGAGGGCAGACACUCGAGCACUGCAGCUGAACCUGUUACAUUCUGUCAUCCGUUCUGCUUUUGACAGGAUGAACUCCAUGUCCGCUUUGUUCAAGCUCUCCAUGUUCAUCCGGCGCUGCCAUAACUACAUGACAGACCAGCUGGGGAUUCCUGUUUGGGGCUCAUACGUUAUCUUUGGCCUGGCCACGCUCUUCUCUGGUCUUGCGCUGGGUCUUUUACUGGUGUUCAUAGCAGAUUUCGUCUUUCCCUCAAGACGUUUUUCUUCUUCUGAGUACUACCAGAAGAAACAGGCAAUGGACCAGGCCAGGUUCAUCCAGCAGCAAGACGAAGCCCAAGAGGCCGACGGCGAGGAGGAUGAUGAUGAAGAGGAGGAGGAGGAGGAGGAAGAUGGGGAUAAGGAUGAGGUCUGGAGAAGACGGAGAGGAUCCCCCGAGGGCCGCCCGGAGCCUAAGGGGCAGGGAUAUGCCGAUGAAGCUCUGAGGAAGAGGGUGGUGAGCAGACGUGAAGAGGAGGAGGAGGAGGAGGAGGACACUUAGAGGCCAGCAUGGAGCUCCAAAGACCCCCCCCACACUUCUUUUUUGAUACGAGCAUGGUGGAGUCCACAGUUGGAGGAGCCGUGAUCCUCAGCAGCAGUGUUAAAAGGAAAGGACUCACAAAUCUCCCACGUUCUGUUGACCCCUCCCCCCCAGAGCCGCCUAGCUUCCUUCCCCUUCUUCUCUUUCCCUCGUUUUUACCAGGAGCACUUUAGACUCUCUCCACCUGAGCAGCAGGCUCCACCUGGAACAAUAAAAAACUUUCCUCGCACACGUUUUCACAUGCGAAAACCUGCCAGAGGUUUAGGUAUGAAGUGCAGUACAGCUGAUUCUUUUUUCUUUUUUUCUUUUUUUUGCCACGCUGUUGACGCUAUGCAUUGUUUUUGGGUGGGAAAAAAACAACAACCUGACUGUGUUUCGGUUUGACUGGUAACACGUUUGUCUUUAAAUUCUACUCCUCAUUUCUUGUAUUUAUAGGUCAUUUUAUUGUGCGUACAAAACCUCCUCAUGCCGAUCCGCUUCAUGUGAAUCAUAAAGAUAGGAGUGAAGAGGAGCUUGACCGGGAAGCUAUUGUUAAUCCUACAGGUAGCAUUGAUAUCUUAAUUUUCCUUUAGUCUGAAGAAUAGAACCCAACAUGUCAUUUUACGCUAAAGGCGUAUUCACGGGUUCAGAUCAAUUAAAACAAACUGGUUUGAUUACCUGGUUGUGUCAAUUUCUAAGAGCCAGGAGCGCCAUUUUCCAAGCUUUGGAACCCGCCAGAC